AAAUGAGUUUAUUGGUAAACACUUCCUGUUGAAGCCCACAAACAAUUAGCAAUUGAAGUGAAGUGAAACAGAAAGAUGGUAGUAUUAAAUAAGCUUUGCUUCCUCCUACUCCUUUUUGGACAUGUGGAAAAGUGGAUUGCAAUACGUGAAGUAUGACAAAUUAUGUCCAAAAAUUAAAUUAAACCAAAUUAAUAAAUUAUAUCAAAAGACGCGAAGGUCUAGCGAAAGAGUUCAAGGAAGAAGUGGUGAAAAACUGAGCUGGGCUCUGAUUGGCUCCCACCACAGUCGGCUGUGUCCUGAUUGGUGCUUUCGUCACUUCCGUGUUGUAGUUCACCAUUGUAGUCCUUCCCCACUCGCUCACUUUGAGAUAGGAGACAGGAAAGAGAAGACAUGAGGCGGGCUGAAUGAGAUAACGUGACUUUUAAACACACUUUUCCGAUAAAGGGGAGCAUUCCAUUUUUGAGAACUUUCCAGAAAGGGAGCACCCUUGCCUGACGUGGAUAGACUCCUUUGGAGGAGGAAGGUUUAAAUCCACCCGAAGGAAAGGUGAGUCGGGACUUGAAAACCUCUAGAAAUGGACUCAAUAAGUUAAAAAGACCUUAAUAAGUUAAGUUAAGUCAACUUUAUGGUGAAAAUGUUUUUCGGGUCAACUUUGGCGUCAAAUGCUGCGCGCUGAAACCAGUCCAGCCUGCUCGGCGGAGACUUGGGAGACUCUUUGACUUGCAGGUAGACCUUCCGUGGAGGAGCGCGGUGUUAAUAAAACAAAACAAAGAAGACAGACAAGAAGUUUGACCACCAUGUCUGGUGUAAGUAAUGCCCACAUGAAAACCUUGGAGGACCUGACUUUGGACUCCGGCUAUGGAGCGGGAGACUCCUGCAAAUCCCUCAGCCUGUCCUCCUCCAAGUCGAACUCCCAGGCCGUUAUGACGACCCCUCACCGGGGUAACUGGUGGUACUACUCCGGUUCUAUGAACAGCAGGAACAACAGCUGGGACACAGUGAACACUGUCCUCCCCGAGGACCCAGAGGACAUCUUCUCCAAGUGUCCUCGCCUGCCCGAACUGGAAGAGUUCCCCUGGACAGAAGAGGAUGUGGCGAGGAUACUUCGCCAAGUGGCUGAAAGUGGCGUCACAAAAGGCGGACACACGCCCGUGUUCACUACGGAAGCCGUGAGGCGCUUAUCUGCGCUCCUUCGCAAGGCUCUCAUCCGCAUCUCCAGGGAGGCGCAGCGUCUGAGUGUCAUGCACUGCCGCUGUACGCGCUUUGAGGUGCAAAGCGCAAUGAGGCUGGUGCUCAGCUGGGCUCUGGCUGACUACUGCGUCUCCGCUUCGGUCAAAGCCAUCUCCAUGUACAGCAUGAGCGCCGGGGAGAUGCUGAGAAAGGGUAAGUCGGCCCGAUGCGGCUUGACCUUCUGCGUCGGACGUUUCUUCCGAUGGAUGGUGGACACCCGCGUAUCCGUGCGCAUCCACGAGUACGCUGCUAUAUGCCUGACCGCCUGCAUGGAAGCCCUGGUGGAGGAGAUCGGAGCCCGUGUGCUCAUGUCCGAACGGGGUCACCCCGGGCCGGAUGCGGGGUCAGCUCCGGUGAGUCCAGAGGCCUUGGAAGGAGUUGUCAACAAUGACGCAGAGCUGUGGGGAGUCCUGCAGCAGUACGAGCACCUGAUCUGUGGGAAGAACGCCAGUGGUGUCUUGUCCCUGCCGGCCCAUUUCAGUCCUUAUACAGAGAAUCAACAGACUUCUGUGGACUGCAGGGAGGAUGCCUAUGCCCAACUGGAGCUCAGGACGCUGGAACAGUCCCUGCUGGCUACCUGUGUGGGCAGCAUCUCCGAACUCAGUGACCUGGUAUCCCGUGCCAUGCACCACAUGCAGCGUCUGAGCUCAGUGCGUCCAGGUUUGAGUCCAGCUCGCCAUGCACGCCCACAGCAGCCUGUGUCCUGGUCACCUGACGCCCUCCACACCCUCUAUUACUUCCUGCGAUGCCCGCAAAUGGAGUCCAUGGAGAAUCCCAACUUAGAUCCCCCACGCAUGGCGCUAAGCAAAGAGAGGCCAUUCCUGUUGCUGCCGCCUCUGAUGGAGUGGAUCAGAGUGGCCAUAGUUCACGCUGAACAUCGCAAGAGUCUGCUGGUGGACACGGAUGAUGUCAGACAGACGGCCAGGCUGCUUCUUCCUGGACUGGACUGUGAACCCAGACAGCUUAAAUGGCGGCGGCGGCGGCGGCGGCGGCGGCGACGACUAGAGAGCAUAAUGAAGACGGCGACGACGGCGACUACAGAGCAUUAUGAAGACGGCGGCGACGGCGACGGUGACGGCGACGAGAGAGCAUUAUGAAGACGGCGGCCGCCGGCGACCAAAGAGCAUUAUUAAGGCGGCGGCCGCCGGCGACCAAAGAGCAUUAUUAAGGCGGCGGCCGCCGGCGACUAAAGAGUAUUAUUAAGGCGGCGGCCGCCGGCGACUAAAGAGCAUUAUUAAGGCGGCGGCCGCCGGCGAGCAGUCUGCAGCGGCCGGCGAGAAACGGAACCUGGGGCGGCGCCGGGUGGCGGCCGCCGGUGUCCGCGGGGCCGCCGCCGAAGCGGGGCCGCCGAAGCGGGGCUCGGGCCGAGGCGGGGCCGCCGCCGGAGCGGGGCUCGGGCCGAGGCGGGGCCGCC